AUCAGACACGCCAAUAAAACCAAAACAGCAACAACAUUUAAAGGAACUGGAAUACAAUUGUGUGUAAAAUGGCUACACCUCGAAUUCGCAACCCAUUACUUCGUGCAGUGCAUGAGCAUAAUACGGAUGAAAGAUUCAAGAGAUACAAUUUGAGAAAAUAUUACGACGUUGAGAAGUGGUACAGAUGUGAUGUUACCAAGCUCCCUGAAUGGCUUUCUUCCAAGUUUGUACAGAGCAGUAUAGACCGGAGAACAGAGCUUUUUUUGGAUGGUUGUUAUGAGAAGUCUGGUUGGUUGAUGACCCAGAUGUGGCAUUCCUUAGCCAAGGCUGCUCUUGCUUUCUUCAUGUCAACUACCUCAGUUAAUGGAUUCCUGAAGAGGGGGUCCAUGUUUGUCUUCUCAAGAGACCAAAUCCAACGCCUCCUGGGAGUGACAGCUGACUGGAAGGCUGAAAGGGUCAUUGACCUCGGAGCGGGUGAUGGGGAGGUAACUAAAGAGGUAGACUUUAUGUUUCAGGAGGUUUAUACCACCGAAGCUUCAUGGACUAUGCAAUGGAGGCUGUCCCAACGAGGCUAUAAAAUACUUCCCAUUGAUGGGUGGAGUCAGGAGAAAACUGGACAUGCCUAUGACAUGGUUUGUUGUCUGAACCUACUAGACCGAUGUGACCAGCCCCUGGUACUCCUCCGGGAUAUCAGAGAGUCCCUAUCGCCAUCGGGUGUGGUCGUCAUGGCAGUGGUAUUACCCUUUAAGCAGUUUGUAGAGUAUGGCUCAGGCCAGAAUCGGCCCUCCGAAGUGAUCGAGGUCCAAGGAGAGACUUGGGAGGAACAGGUCCAUCAUCUAGUCCAGGGGGUGUUCCAGCCCGCAGGGUUCCAAGUCCGUAGCUUCUCCAGGGUGCCUUACCUCUGCGAGGGGGAUGCCACACAACCCUUCUACCAUCUGGAUGAUGCGCUCUUUGUACUGGAGAAAAGCGAAGAUGCUCGGAGCAAUGAAAAGGAGAGAAGUGAAGGUGCUCCGAGCAGUAGCUUCAGCAUGGUAGAGGAACGAUGACGAAUUCCACGUUCCAAAAGAUGACAGUACUAGUGAUACAGAAUGAUUUUGUUCCUUUUGGACAGUGACUCGAUUUUUGAUGGGAGACUUCUACCAGUGCCUGUGCAGAGAUGCAAUCACUUCUUGCUUUCAUUACAGAUGAUAUUUAUUACACUGCCUUAUGAUGUUACCAAUGGAAGAUAGAGAAAACUCAUUAGUCAUUCCACAAUGGAAUCCUCAUGGUUUUGAGAGAGUAGCUUGUGAAAUGACUCGUGUUCACUGUAGCUGCCAGAACAUUUUGCCCAACUUGCCAAAUGCCAGUAUAUCAAAUUAAUAUGGUAUUUACUAUCAUUGUUCAUGGGGACUACGAAAAUGGUCAUAAAAAUAGAAACUGAAGAAACUCAGAAGAGAUGUAAAUGGAGUUUCCAUAAUGCAGGUCCCCACAAAAACAUUUUGUUUGUCGAAUUAUGCAAUUUCAUUCUUUCCUACUAUGCAGUUCAUAUCUUUGCAUAUGUAUGUAUAUUUGAUAAAAAAAACAAUUCUAAUGAUAUCUAAUGGAAAUGGAGUAUAUUGCUUUUGACACAAUCAUUUAUUGGCUACUCUUAGUUGUUUGGUUAAAUGUAUAUCAUUCAUAGAUUUUAGAAAGCAUGCAACCAAUCUAAAUGAGGAACCUUGCUUUCUGUUUGUCAAAUUGCUUUCAUGAUUAUGCCUCUUUGGACAAUUUAAUGAUUUAUUCUUUUUAGUCGAGUUGGUUAUUGUUUUAUUUACUGUCAUGUGGCUGAUAUUAUGACAUCCAAUGUCUAUUCUUGUACAUGUUGUUUACAAUUAAUUAAUUUUUAGAUAUUUUUGAUAUCAAACUCCCCCCCCCCCCCCCCCCCCGAAAAUCAUCCUGCAUCUGUAACUACAUUUUGAGCACACAUGGCCUUGUGUUGUCUACAACCAACAUUGUAAUCAAUUUUUAUUUUGAUUGUUAAAUGCACUUAUAUUAAGUGUUCAAUUAUUCUGCUCACUGUUCCACGUACAUGUGCACAUAUUACUGUUUCUAACUUCCUAUAUUUUUUCUUCUGUCAACUGUGCAAUAAAUGAGCUUCCAUAUAUUCAGUGU